AUGGUAGUCUACUGUAUUUUGCUGUCAUUAGUUCAUAAGUCGUGUCAAUUUAAGUUACAUUUUUGUAUAAUAGUAGUUGUUGACAAAGUACUAGUGUGAGAAUUUUUAAGUCUGCACAUUUAAUUCAAAUACGAAAGGAUACGAGUGUAAAUCUUUUGUUAGAUCUAAAACGUUGAUUUUUCAAUUUUAAUGUAAACAAAGACAAUGUAUUUAGUGCUAUUUUUGUUACUUUUUACAAAAUCGGCGAUUUUGUUAACUGUAGGAUUUGAAAACAAUGUAAAAACUCUUUUUGGAAAUCUUGACGAUGUUGAAAAACUUCAGAGAUCUCAUCAAUUUGACGCUGUCUCCAGUAAUUUUCCUUCGCAUGAAAGUGUUAGACGAGAGAGGAGAGAAGUUUCAAGUGCUGCAUCAAACAUAGUGACAAAGAUCAAUUACCUCAAUGACAGCCACAAGCAAUUGAUGGUACACUGGGUUGGAGACAAUAGCAAAAUAAUCAUAUGUUUAGCUCGGGAUCCAGCUCCAACGAUUUCAGGCUUCUCGUUACCGUCAUCGUCAACAGUUUUUAUAUCUUACGACGAUGGUGACAGUUACAUAAAUAAAACUGAUCAUUUUAAACUGGAUAAUGGAGAAUAUGCUGUAUUGGAGAAAUUUUAUAAUCAUCCAAAAAUUCACACCCAUUUUGUUGUCACUGAUAUCAAACAUAAUGUGAUGUACGUAACAACUGAUUAUGGGAAAACAUUUAUCAGAAGAGAUUUAAACUUCACACCUUCCGAAGUCUCCUUCCACGAAUUGUAUCCAUCGAUAAUGUUGGUUUUGGAUAAAAAUCACAUUAAAAACAAACUUUGGGUAACUGAAGACUUUGGAGAGACGUUCAGACCACUCUACGAAUACGUAAAAGCAUAUUUUUGGAUGAAAGAUGUCGAUGAAACUUAUCACGUUAUUAUACAAAGAUCGGAACCGAAUAAUUUAAGCUCAAUAAUCCAUUCCUCAAAUUUAUUCAAACAUACGGCAUCUCAAAUUUAUAACACAAAUGUAAAAGACUUCUUCAUUAAAGGCGACUAUCUUUUCACCACAUCCUACACUUCUAAGGGAGAACUGAAUUUAUAUGUUUCUUACAAAUUUGGUAAACGUCAGUUGUGUGUCUUCGACUCAACUGAAAAGUUCCAAAGCUUUUUAAUCGUUGACGUCACCAAUCCUAGAGCAUUGGUGGCCGCGGGUCACACAAAUACAACAUCUCAUUUGUAUACAUCUGAAAACCUAGCAGGAGAUGGUCAGGAAGUGAAAUUUACACUGUCUUUGGAAGAUGUGUUCGUUUUCUUCCCAUUAAGCUCAUGGCAAGAUACAUGGUUACACCAUAUGUCGGAAGAAGCUUUCGCAGACGUUUAUAAAGUAGAAGGAAUUACUGGAAUUUAUAUAGCAUCAAAAGUACUUUCUAAACCAGUUGGGGGACAUUUAGGACCACAGCAUUUAGGAUCUGUCAUAACAUUCGAUCAUGGAGCUACUUGGAAGUUGAUCCAACCCCCUGCAUUCUACGUAGAUGGUCAAUCAACUGGUUGUGUAAGCACCAAUAAUUGCUCUUUACAUUUGAGUCAGAAAUUUAAUCAAUUAUUACCAGAUACUAGAUCAGUUGGAAUCUUAUCCAGUAAAUCAGCCCCUGGAAUAAUAAUGGCUACAGGUGUUUUGGGUAAAAAUUUAAAGGGACAUUAUGGAAUAUACAUAAGUUUGGAUGCUGGAGUCACAUGGCGUCAUACACUUAUGGAUUUAUACUUUUUUAAUAUGGGCGACCAUGGAGGUAUUCUCUCGGCUGUUAAAUACUAUAAAACUAAAGGAGAAACAAGACAUAUUGAAUAUUCUAUUGAUGAAGGUAGAUCAUGGAACCAAACGGAAUUUCAUAAUGAAGAAUUAAGACUAUAUGGAUUAAUGACUGAACCAGGAGAAAACACAACUGUCUUUACAAUGUUCGGAUCUUUACCUGAACGUCAUCAAUGGAUUAUAGUUAAAGUAGAUUUUACAAAACUAUUUCCCCGUAAAUGUACAAAGGGUGAUUAUAAAAUGUGGUAUCCUAGUUAUAGUGAACAAAACCGUAAUUAUAUCCCUUGUAUUCUUGGACAACAAGUUACUUACCAGCGAAGAAUACCGCUUGUUAAUUGUUUGAAUGGUUUGGAUUAUGUUCAAGAAACAUCUAUAGUAAACUGUGAAUGUGACCUUCUAGAUUUUGAAUGUGAUUUUGGAUUUACUCUAGUUGGCUCUCCACCCCGCUGCAUUCGUGACAAGACAUUACCCAUAAAUGUCUACAAAAUACCUACUUCUUGCAAACCAGGAGAAUUCUUCAAUCGCACCAAAGGUUAUCGUAAAAUAGCAGUAGACAAAUGUAUUGGUGGUUUUGAAUCUCACUAUCUUCCGGAUUUAGUUCCUUGUCCUUUCAAAGAAGUCAAUGAUUUCAUUCUUUUUGCACAACGAGAACGUAUUUCGAGAUAUAAUCUUGUAACUAAAAAAUUAGAAAAAUUACCAAUUUCAAAUUUAAAGAAUGUCAUAACUAUUGAUUUCGACACUGCUGAGAAUUGUGUAUAUUGGGCGGAUAUAGCUGAAGAUACUAUAUCAAGACAAUGCUUCUCUAAUGGUACCACUGUGGAAGUACUCAUAUCAAAUGAUCUUGCGUCUAUAGAAGGGAUGGCUUUUGAUUGGAUUUCGAAGACUCUUUAUUUUGUAGAUGGCGUGCGAGCUAAGAUAGAACUAAUAAGAACUGAUAUACAUAACAGUGGAAGAAUGAGAAGAACAAUUUUGAAUUCUACUGUAUUACAUAAACCUAGAGGUAUUGUCCUACAUCCUCAAAAUGGCUAUAUGUUUUGGACAGACUGGUCCGUGGAAAAUCCUUCAGUGAACAGAGCUAAUUUGGAUGGUACUAAUAAUUUAACUUUGUUUGGAAGGAACAAAGUUGAAUGGCCAAAUGGAAUAACAAUUGAUUAUAUUGCCAAUAGGUUAUACUGGGUGGAUGCUAGAUUAGACUACAUAGGUAGUUCCGAUUUACAUGGGGAUGGAUUUAUUAAGGUUGUCUACAAUACUGAUGUAGUCUCUCACCCAUUUGCUAUUUCUGUUUUCAAAAAUAACAUGUACUGGGACGACUGGAAGAGGAACUCUAUCUUCGCCGCUGAUAAAGAUAAUUUUACUGGUGUAGAAAUCAUUUUAAAACAAAUGCCAGGUCUUAUGGAUCUCAAAGUUUUCGCUCAUGGUUUGCAAAUAGGAACAAACGCAUGUACAAAGUCCGAUUGCUCGUACAUAUGUGUUGGUUUACCUAAAGGCGGCCACGCUUGUUUGUGUCCCGAUGGAUUAAUAAUGCAAAAUGGUAAAUGUAUGUGUCCAGGAAAUGUGGAACCAUUAGUCAAUUUGACGUGUCCAUCAGUUGGAAAUAGUUGUAGUCCCGAACAUUUUACAUGCAACAACCAUUUGUGUAUACCUAAAGGAUGGAAGUGUGAUGGUGAAGAUGACUGUGGUGAUGGCUCUGAUGAAUUUCAGUGCAUCACUGAAACAUGUCCUCCAUCAUUUUUCAUUUGCGGAGAUGGAAAAUGUUUGCCAAAUUAUUGGAGAUGUGAUUAUGAUACUGAUUGUGCGGACGGUUCAGAUGAAGCUAACUGUCCACGCCAAAAUUGUACUGCUGGUCAAUUUGCUUGCGAAAAUGGAAGGUGCAUUUCUUCUAAAUGGAGAUGUGAUGGAGAAAAUGAUUGUAGGGAUGAAUCAGAUGAACGAAAUUGUAAUGAAGGAAAACCAACUAGCUGUAAAGGUGAGGAGUUUACUUGUAAGUCUGGUGGCGUUAUUUGUAUACCAACAACCUGGAAAUGCGAUGGAGAAUCAGACUGUACAGAUGGUUCAGACGAAUUUUCAUGCUUAAACAACACUUGCACUGAUGCUCAAAUGGCUUGUGGUCCUCCAAAUAACAGAUGCAUCUAUAAAACUUGGAUAUGUGAUGGAGAUACAGAUUGUACUGAUGGAAGAGAUGAAAAAAAUUGUUCAUUCAGUACCAUGGAGGUACCUAAGUUACCUGAAGAGUUUGAAAGUAAAAAUGGAACUUGUCAUGACCCCUGGAUGUUCAGAUGUAGAACUCAACGUUGCAUUCCAUUUUGGUGGAAAUGUGAUGGUGCUGAUGACUGUGAAGACGGUAGUGACGAAUUAGGAUGUAACACCCCAGUUUAUCCUCCUAUGGAACCUACUUCUCAACGACCAAACACUAUUUGUGAAAACAAUCAAUUCCAAUGUGAACAAGGAGAUUGCAUCACAGCUUCGUUUGUAUGUGAUGGUAUGGAUGACUGUUUACAUGGAGAAGACGAAAAGAACUGUAAGACCUUUAUGAACUGUACUCAUACACAGUUUCAAUGUCGAAAUGAUGGAAGCUGUAUACCUAAAUCAGCUGUUUGUGAUAAUCACUUUGAUUGUGUGGAUAAGACUGAUGAACAAUAUUGUGAGCACAAUUUGCCUGAUGGUCCAGGAGCACCUAGCUGCAGCUUUGGACUAUUUCCCUGUGAUGAAACCUGUUAUCCAUUAUCUCUAUACUGUGAUGGAAAAAUUGAUUGUAAGGAUGGUUAUGAUGAGAGAAAUUGUUCCAAGAAAUCUCGAGUAUAUCAAGUGUUGAUGGAGGUUGAUGAAAGAUUCACAACAAGCAACUCUUUCUAUCUUCGAUGGUGGACUCCACAAGCGCCUGCAAUUAAAUUUGAAUACCUUCCUUCCAUUAAGAAAAUCGGGAAUGAUCAAUGGAAAAAUGAAUCUUGGACUAGCCAAAACUUCUAUAAUUUCACCAAUCUACAACCUUUCACAAAAUACAAUCUAACAGUGUAUGUUAAAAUACAAAACACAAGCGUUAUAUUCCCACCAGCAAUGUUUAACGUUUCUUCAACUGCUGAAGGUACUCCAAGUGAACCCUGGAAUGUUACUGUAAAACAACGUAAUGGAUCUCAUAUUUUGGUAUCUUGGAAUAAGCCACGAACUCCAAAUGGUAUUAUAGUUUCAUAUGAAUUAUGUUGGAUUUCUCCUAAAUCUGCUGAAGUCAGACUCAAGCUAUUGGGUAAUGAAACUGCACAUCUACUUACACAAGAUUUUGAACAUGGUCUCAAUUACACUUUCUGGGUUAUUGUUCACAACAGAAAAUACGAGAGUGUAAAAUCAGCUCCCGUUCAUUUGAUAUUUGAUGGAGAAACGAAUGUAUCUAUGGUGAAGAAUAUAUCUGUAAUAGAAUCAGAUGAUUCUAUCUCUCUCAAAUGGAUAUAUGAUGGCGAAGCAGAUGGUUUCAAUGUAAGAACUUUUGCCGAUAGACCUUAUCCCGAUUUACCGUCCAGAAUAACUAAAACCACAAAUAUUACAAUAAAAUUAGCAUCAGGAACAAAUUAUAGAUUUGAGAUUAAUGCCUUCAAAAAAGACCUUACUGGUGCUACAAAAUCAAUUACUGUUAAGAAAUCAGGUCAUCCUUUACCAGCAAUAGACAGUUUGCAAGUUACUCUAAUGAAAGAUGUUGGUACUAGUGUUAAAAUGAGGUGGGAAAAACCAAAAUAUCUGAAAAUGUUAUCUUGGUUAUAUGGAAUAUAUUAUGGUACCAAUCACGAUCAAUUAUUUGAAAAACCCAGAUAUACCACCAACAUUGAAAAUAUUAUUAUAUCAAAUCUACAACCCUGUGAAAGCUACAUAUUUUCUAUUGGUCUGGUGGGUCCUGUUGGUUAUGGUCCUUUAUCGGGAUAUAUAAAACAAAUCACGACAUCUGGAAAUCCUAAAUCACCACCAAAAAGACUUCAAGUAGAAGCAGAUGGAGAUGAUCCUAUUAAAAUGAAGAUAUCAUGGAUUCCACCAUGUUCAUCAAUCCAGCCAGAAUUUUAUAAGAUACUUAUCCAAGAAAAGAGUACUACUCUUACUUCCCUUCGCAAAGUAAAUGGUUCUCAUACUAAUAGUUACGUUUUUACAAUACUACAUGGAGGUGUAUAUGAGAUAAAAGUAGCUACUGGAGAACCUGAUGCUAUUUACUCUCAACCUGUAACGUACUAUGCACCAAGUAUUCAAGCACCAAUUGAAAUAAGGGUAUUGACAUAUCCCAACGGCAGUUAUAUAGUUGACUGGAAAGAUUCUAACCUACCUAAAAAUAUUGGAAAAUAUAAAUAUGAAAUUUUGGUUCAAAAUGGAAACACUCUGAAUGAAACUCUAGCUCAGAAAUUCACAGUUGAAAAAUCACCAUUUAUCUACACCAAUUUAUCUUACAACUCUUACACAUUUGCUGUGAGAAUAAAAACUGCUAAAGGUCUAAACUCCCAAACCUCGGAAUUGAUAAGUAGAGAAAAUCCGUAUGUGGAAGUACCAUCGAAUAUGACCGCCAUCAUCGUACCAAGUAUGAUAGUACUCGUAGCAUUGCUAGCAGUCAUAACAUUUCUGAUAAUUAGAAAUAAGAAGAUACAAAACAGCUUCACGCGAUUCAGUAACUCACAUUAUGACACGAGAUCCCAGGCUGCCACUUUUGAUGAUAAUAAUUUAGAAGAAGACGACGGUCCUCAUAUUGGUGGGUUUUCCGAUGACGAACCACUCGUUAUUGCGUAAUAAGUUGCUUCUGUAGUCUGAUGCAAAUAUGAAAAAUAUUAAUAUAGUUAUUUUUUCAAAAAAAAAUACUUAUUAAUAAUUUUUCUUAGUAUGUAUUAUAGUAAAAAUUACUCUGGGAAAGAGCCAAUAAAAUAUUUAUGCUAAUUUUCAAAAUUCUUGUGAUUUUAUAUCUUGCUCAGUUACCAAAAAUAUAAAUAUUACAUUAAACAAGGUGCCGAAUUAAAAUACUAGUUAAGACACUAAUAAUCACAUAUGUAUAUUUUAACUGAUUUAGUACCAUAAGAAUGACUUGGUUAUGUUUCCAAAAUCCUAUGAAUUUUACUUCUUUCAACACCAUAAAUAAUACAAUAUUAAUUUUGAGUGUGGUUUCCUAUAUUUGUACUCUAUUUCAAGGCAAUCAAAUUUGAAUGAAAAAUAAGGUUAUAAAAAAAAUAAAUAUGCCUCUUGAAACUUAUAUAUAUAAUGUAUUUUGAUUAUUUAGUAGCUCUUUGUAGUUUCAGUUCUGGAGGUAAAAUUUUGGAAGAUAUUUAAUGAAUUUAUGAGUUUGGAUUAACACUAAAAAUCUGAUAUAUAAAAUAAAUAAAUAAAAUAUAUCAAAAGAGUCUUGUUGUAUAUUAUUAUUUGUAUUAUUACGGGAUCUUCAAAUAAUAUAAAAAAUGUGAUGUCUAGUUUUAGUAUAUUUAAAUAAUGUGUAUAUUGACAAGAAAGUAAUGGAAAUGUGUUUGUGUAUAUUAUUCCAAAUUAGAUGGACUGACUCUGUAUAAGGUUUUCGGAAAGGGCUAUUAAGUAAAGCCGCUUGUGUCGAGGCAAAUCUUUUUUUCUGAGUAUUGAGAAAAACCUGAAAUAAUUAGUUUUCAAA